AUGUUCCUCAUCAAUCAAGUGGUAAUGGCCCUCAACGACCUAGCAAAAAAUGGCACGAUGAUAGCUGUUCGAUCCGAGGCAACUGAAUCUAACUGCAAGGGGAGAUUUGACGUGGCUUUUAAUCUAUAUGAUCAAAAUUUCACGAAGCUUGCCGAUCUCCUAAUUUUCGAGAUGAAGCGGCCCAAUGUCAUCAAACGGUCCCAGUUCCAAUGCGCCCAAAUCCAGCAAAACCCAUCUAAGGAAAAGAUGCGGCAAAUGAAAUCUGGGAUUUUUGAGAAUGAUAGAAAAGGUACUUGGUUAGUUGACAAUGCCAUCAUGCUCUCAAAGCAAGCGGCCAAAUACUUUAGAUUCUGUCGACGAGUUAUCCUGUUCGACUGGUACUCCAUGGUGGGCUUGACAUUUGCUCCAUUCCGCCGACGCGAUCUAUUAGUUCAUGGAAUUAUUCUCCAGGAGGGUGCAGGCCGCACUCUGAACUUUCACCAGUUACUAUUUGCUAUGGUGAUGGAGGAGCUCGAGGAAUGGGAACAGGGUUAUCCAGGGGUUUGGCCGUAG